CCCGAGCUGCCCGCUGGCAGCAGCGGCGAGGGGAAGCCGUCGGAAGAGGAACAGCCCAAGAAGAAACACCGGCGAAACCGCACCACCUUCACUACGUACCAGCUUCACGAGUUGGAGCGUGCCUUUGAGAAGUCCCACUACCCCGACGUCUACAGCCGCGAGGAACUGGCCAUGAAGGUCAAUCUGCCCGAAGUCCGCGUCCAGGUUUGGUUUCAGAACAGAAGGGCUAAGUGGAGGCGGCAGGAGAAACUGGAGGUGACCUCCAUGAAGCUGCAGGACUCGCCCAUCCUCUCGUUCAACCGCUCACCGCAGGCAACACCCAUGGGUCCUCUGAGCAGCAGCCUGCCCCUGGAGACGUGGCUCAGCCCGCCGGUGCCCAGCAGCACAGCCCUGCAGACCCUGCCUGGCUUUGUGGCCUCCCCGCAGAGCCUGCCCGGCAGCUACACGCCACCGCCCUUCCUGAACUCUCCGGCAGUGACCCACGCGCUGCAGCCCCUGGGGGCCAUGGGGCCACCGCCGCCUUAUCAGUGUGGGGCCACCUUUGUGGACAAGUUCCCUUUGGAUGAGGCAGACCCACGCAACACCAGCAUUGCCGCCCUGCGGCUGAAGGCCAAGGAGCACAUUCAGUCCAUCGGCAAGCCCUGGCAGACAAUCUGAACUCCCUCUCUCACCUGGGAGUAAGCCAUGGGGCAGGCGCAUCCCAGAACACCCGAGGAACACCCUUACCCUGCCUUGCCUGCCGCGGAUGGCCAGGCACGGGAGGGGUGUCCCUUGCACCAGCCUUUCCCUUAAA